GGGAGGCAGUAGCUGCUCUUGGGAACAAAGUUGUUAAGACCCUUCGCGCUAAGUACCCCACAGAAGUGCUUUCCAUGCUGACCAAUGAGACUGGUUUUGAGAUAAGUUCUGCUGAUGCUACUGUUAAGAUUCUCAUCACCACCGUCCUGCCCAAUCUGCACAAGCUGGAACCAGAACUGCACCUGGACAUCGAGGUGCUGCAGUGCGCCCUGGCUGCCAUCCGCCACGCCCGCUGGUUUGAGGAGAAUGCCUCUCAGUCAACAGUGAAAGUACUGAUCCGUCUCCUGAAAGACCUUGGGGCACGUUUCCCUGGUUUUGAACCUCUAACCCCGUGGAUCCUUGACCUGCUCGGCCAUUCUGCUGUGAUGAACAACCCUUCCAGGCAGCCCCUGUCCCUGAAUGUGGCCUACAGGCGUUGCCUUAAGAUGCUAGCUGCCGGUCUCUUCCUUCCUGGCUCUGUGGGAAUUACUGACCCCUGUGAAAGUGAAAACGUCAGUGUACACACAGUCAUGACUUCAAAACAACAGGUAUGUGUUUGA